CUGGCCGAGGGCGCUGCUGCUGCUGCACGACGAUCGCAAUGCACCUCCGCGCAGGCGCACAACCACGCGGCAUCCGCAGCACGGCCGCGCGCCACAGGCUGCGCCCCGCAACGAACUGACUGCGGGGCCGCUUCCCGCCCGGCCUCAGAGCGGGCAGAGGGCGCAGCCCGGAGCCCCCGCCCCCUCCGCAAGCCCCGCCCCCUCGCGGUAUCUAUUGGCGCUUCCGGCGGGGAGCUGCAGCAGUAUCUCAGCGCGCAUGCGCAGUGUUUGAACGCGAUGGCGGCGGUCACGGAGGAGGCCAUUCGGGAGAGAGUCAAUCUGCGGCACCAGAACCUGGCUGAUGUCCGAUCAUUGUCUCUUCCUGGAACUUAUCAUGAAAAGAUUACUCAUUUAGGACAUUCUCUGAAAAAUUUCACUCGCCUAAAAUCCUUAGAUCUCUCUCGCAAUGCAUUGGUUAGCUUGGAGGGUAUUCAGCAUUUGAUAUUUUUAGAAAAGAUCAAUCUCUAUUACAAUCACAUUUCAUCACUAUCAGAAAUAUUUCGACUUCAUAGUUUAGCUGCACUCAAGGAUGUGGACCUCCGCCUGAACCCGGUAGUAAAAAAUGAGUCUGAUUAUCGUCUUUUUGUUGUGCACAUGCUUCCUAACCUUAGACGAUUAGAUGAUCGACCAGUGAGAGAUAGUGAACGAAAAGCAUCCCUUUUGCAUUUUACUACAGAUCAUGCAUUUGAAUUAAAAGGUUCUUCAUCAGCAGCAAAAGUCGAUGAAAUUGAAAGAUCUGGCCACCCCAGGAUAGCAUAUAUUAGCUCCAUGUCAAGAAAGUGUUCAAGGAUGGAUGAAGAGGAUGAAGCUGUGCUAAACUUAAUUACAAAGUGUGAAUGGGACUUGAGCAAGCCUCUUGGAAUAACAGGAUCAGCUAAAAAGGACCCUGAAGUAGAAUUUCACAGUUUACAGAGUAUUCGCAAUAUUGAAGAUAAUGCUGGCAUUACUAUGAAUCAGAAAUCUGAAACUAGACCCGUUGGCCUACAAAUGCGGAAGCAACAAGCAAAUAUGCAUAUGGAUGUUAGUUCAGAAAACAGAAAUGCGUUGAAAGAUCAGGAAACUGAUGAAGAGUACAGAAGUUUGCCAGACUGUUCUCCAACUCUGCCUGUUGUACAUAAUACCAUUAAGCAAGGGAAAGAUAAGAAGAAAAAUAGCACCAAAGUCACAUUUUCAGAUAAUAACACUCAAGAUCUUCCCAAGAGAGACCCUAAUCUGAAAUUUCAAGAUGAAGCUGAAUCUUAUAAAAAAAUUACAACCCAGGCCAAUUUCACACCUCAUCCAGACUCUCAAGAAAUUUCUUCUCCAAGCAUCUCUCCAAAGAUACAUAUGCAGACUCAGAAGAUUUUUAAUACAUUAGCAGCAUCUAGGUCACUUCUUAAUAAAACAUCAGAUAAUGAAGGAAACCAACCAGUUCAAAAACAAACUUACCCUGCAGCUUUGCAGAAAAACAAUGGACAACUUGAUGUUAGCGUAUCUCAACAAGAAAUGCAAGAGCGUGGCAGACACUAUCCUUCUUCCAUUCUGGGAUCUGGACCUGGAGAGCAAAGACCAAAUAGCAUAACGACAGAUGUGGGAGAGGUGUUUGAAACACAUCAAGUAGCAACUCAAACAGCUAAGAAACAUAUAUAUGAAACCACACCUAUGGAACAACUUCUGGAUUUAGUGGACAAAUACUGGAAUGGUUAUAAAUCACUUCACUGCAAUGAGAAAUUUCUUUCUCAGGCAGGACCUGUUUUGUCUGAAAUGCAGAAAUCUGCACCUGCAGAUCAACAAAAAGAUUCUGCUACAACAUGUCAGGAGGUGAAUAAUCUGCUGUUAGAGAAAAAGACUUUACAAAGUCAUUUGUCUGAACAAGAUCAUCAAUACAACAUAAAGAUUAACAGUCUGGAGUCAGAACUGAGCAAUUCUCAGAAAGACAUGGAUAUCUUGAAGCAACGUUUAGACCAGUUGUUGGAAGAGAACACUAGCUUAAAAGCUCAUCUGUUAAAUGUGGAACAAAAUGUCAAAAAAGCAGACAGUUCUAGUUCAGUACAUUUACAGCUUACUGAUCUACAAAAUGAGAAUCAACAGUUAAGAAGUGAAAAUAUCAACUUGAAACAGCAUCUUCAACACUAUAAUCAGCUUCAGGAGCUCACAGAGAUGUUGCAAGAAAGUCACAGAACUUUGGUUUCUACCAAUGAGCAUCUCCUUCAAGAAUUAGCAGAAACACAUGCACGACACAAGACAGAAGUUGAGCAGCUACACUGGAGUUACAAUCAGCUAAAAAAAACAAUGGAUAAACAUCCUCAUAGCAACAUGGACGACAACAACAGGUGUUAGUGACAAUACAAGGAAAUUUGUUGUAAAUGAUUCAUAAGAGGUGAAACCCUUAAGUUCAUCUAACUGUGGGAGCAAACAUUUACAAUGUACCAUGAAUUGGUGUCUUUAAUACCUCCUAUUUAUUCAAAAUUAAUUGUUUUCUGUCUUUGGGCAUUUGUGUAUAUAAAUUCUUCAGCAGAUAUUGCUCCAGAACAAAUCUCCACUUUAUUUUUUUACCGAAACGUGGAUGUGCAUGAUGUCAGUUUAAACACAUUCAAAUUUUGGUUGAAUACUUUGACCAGACUUCAUGGCUACCUAAAACUAAAUGUGAGUUCAAAAUUAGAACUAUUAUUUCAAAAUCAGGACCAUAAAUGCCAAUGGCUGAGUUAAUUCACAAGGACACAGCUCAUUUUUAUAUAUAAUUGUAUUAUAAUACAAGUUGAAUUAUAGCACUCAUCAGUACUUAUGCACUGGGUACUGCUGUCCAUAUUAUUAAACAUGGUUUAGAAGUCAAACUUUUUAGGGAAAUAGAAAAUAUUACUGUUUGCUCUUUCAAUUCCACUAUGAGGAAGCUUGUACCAAGAGAUGAAACUGCAAGAAUGUAUCUGUGGUAGUCCUUAGACCUAUAUGUAUUUGAUAGUGUUAUUUGUAAUGGAAUAACUAAAAAUACUAUCAUACCUUUUCUCUACAUAGCCAUCAUUGUGGAAGGCUUUUAUUUUACUCUAUAGAUUUACAGAGUAUGUGCUGUCCCCUGGGUACUCCUUUGCCUGCCAGUACACAGAGUCACAUUCUCUACUGGGAUCCACCUCUUGUUUCUCAGGCAGCACAAAGAGAGUGGACCCUAAUGGGCAGAAAAUUCCCCUAUCCCAAUCUGGAAUGAAUAAUCUUGUCUGAUUUUUUAAAAAAAUUAUUAGCAGUUAAUAUGUGAUACAGUUCACUCUUCCGCAAUAUAACUGAAUCAGGUAUAAUCUUUUUUGAAUAUAGUCUGAUUCAUCACUGAAUAUUUUUCUUGUCAUCCUUUUCUAAUAAAAGAAAUUCAAAUUAUUUGAUCUUACAUCAAUUCAAUUCUGAUACAUAGUAAAUACAUGUUACAUUUACUAACAGCUGUUUUGGAGUUAAUAUUAAAAGUGUAUGUGUAACUAAAUGAAGGAUUUUUUUGUGGUUGGUUUAGUAAGAAUGGUUCUUGAGAUUUCUCAUCGAUAUACUGCUUAAUGUGGACAAACUGAUGUUGACAGUUUUGAAGAUUACUUGUUUCAUGAACACGUAUUAUGUAAGUGAUUGUAAAUCAUAAUAACCCACCUAAUACUUAUUAAUAUUUAACAUUUGAAUGUGUCAGUGUCCAGAAUAUAGCUAUUUAUGCUUAGUUUGGGGGGGAAACUUUCCAAUCAACUUAAUAAACAAACAAGUAUAAAAAAAAUCUAUG